AUGGCGCUCAAAGAAAAGGCACUCUCGCCAUAUCCCCAAGGAAGUCUUCCUGUGGAUCAUCAAACUCAGAUCGAGAAGAUUAGGGAGCAGCUUGUUACUUGGCGCGAUGCUGCCAAUAGAACGUUCAACUCUGGCGAUGCUCCUGAUGCGCUGACUAUUGAAACGGAGCGGCUGGCAGCGCCUUUUGAGAGGGGAUGGGUGCUCGAGAUGCCGUGGUACAUUGAAGCUUUACUGACGAACUACGUCAACGAUGCUCCAGCGCUCGAGGUUGCUCACCCCUACGCAUUCACGCCAGAACCGUCGUACAAGUUCCGUCGCGUUCUACUCUCAUGCAUUCGGUGCUACUGGCUCGCACUCGUCGCGACAUGCUCCACCGAAGAGCGUGACGAACUAGCUGCGAGAUUGAACGCGAUCCCGCCCUACGGGAACCGUAUUCCCCAGUUCGACGGCAAGAAGUGCGUCGACAAGCCUGGGGAUCUUUCCGCUCAAGAAUACGAGGGAUUGAUGAGGACGAUUCACCUCGUCGUACUCGGCAUGCCUAGGCUCGAGGGUGAUAUUCGCGAUUCAUGGGACGAGCUUGGGGAGGUCGGCGUUCAGACUUGGGAAGAACGGGAUUAA